CAUUGACUUUCUCUCUCUCCAAACAGCAAAUAUUGAAUUACAAACGACAAUCACAUUUUAAAGAAAUGAGUUGUGUACUUAAGAUGUUAGAGUGACGAUCGGAAAGGACUUGCUUUCAAGCGUAAACAAAAUCUCAGGAAAAAAGGCACCACAGGAAACAGGAUCAGUCUCUGACCACACCUACUGCCAGCCAUGUGCGAACGAUGGCAAGAACAUCCCUCCGGAUGCCUUCUGUACGGUCUGCAUGGAGUUCCUUUGUUUCAACUGUGCCCGAGUACACAGGAACAUGAAGCUUACAAAAGGCCACGCUCUCCAGGACAAGAGUAACAUGCCUUCUUCAUUUCAAGUAGAGAGUGAGAAUGACCAUUUUACAGAAACAUGUCAGUGCCAUACCAAAGAGCUCAUAAAAUACUACUGUCCCAAUGAGGCACUUCUUUGUGGAGACUGCUUGGCAGAGAAAGUACACAGCUCAUGCACUAUUGAAAGGAUUUCUCAAGUUGCAAACGAUACAAGGAGGGCGCAGAAUACACCAGUCUGAAGGCAGGACUAGUCCUGAUGACCAUUGAUAUCGACAGCCUUUCGCACGACAUACAGGCGAGAAUGAAAUUUGUCGAUGAAGAAAGGCUGACCAAUAUAAAUGAACUUCGAAAGUUCAGGAAUGAAAUCAACCAAUACCUGGAUAAAAGGGAAAAAGAGUUACUUGAAGAAAUUGAGCAGAAGAAACUUAAGUCACAAAACCUGUUAAUAGAACUGAACUCAAAUUGCCAAGACAUAAAAGCUGCCACUGAGAAGCUCAAGGCCGAAUUACAAGCCCAGGAGGUCAACAACAACCAGCUGUUCAUAUCUGGAACAAGAGCGAUCAAGGAGUUAGUCGAUCUACAGUCAGCCCUUGGGGACAUCAGGGGAAAAAAUAGGGUUCCAUACUUCAAGUUCAGCAGAGACCCCGCCACAGAACAGAUGCUGGCCUCAUGCACAGCAAUUGGCAGAGUGGACCAGGAAGCGUCAGAAUUGGCAGACCAGCAGAAACAACUUCAGGGGCCAGGUUAGUAACACAAAGCAUUUAAAUCACAAAUAAGUUCUUUGGGAUAUGUACAUGUAACAACACUUCAACAACAUUAGUAGCUGCUGCCUGACCAGUCUUGCCACCUUCCCGGGGACAUGAUCCUACAGGCUAAUUGCCACAAUCGCUCAGUGAAGUUGGUUGACAUCCAGAACAAUAAGGCGGUGUCCAAAGUUGAACUGCCAGGUCUGCCAUGGGACCUUUGCCUCCUGCCCGGGGACAGGGCAGCCAUCACGCUGCCUGGACGUCGGAUUAUACAGUUUGUAUCCACAAAGGGAAAAGUCACACUACAGGAUGUUGUUCAAGUAGAUGUAGAAUGUCGUGAAUAUGAUGACAACUUGAUAGUGUAAUUCUACUCAUGUUAGGUUGAUGGACAUGAAUGGAAAGGUGUAAAACAGUGUGGACGAAGACCGCAGUGGAAAACGUUUGUUUCAGGAUCCCUGGUGUCUGCAAGUAACUGACAACUUCUGUACAUGCCAGGGGCAGUGGUACAGUGCGAAUGGUCAUAGAAAGGAUUUCAUAACCAUCACAACAGAAGUGACCUGGUUCGCACGGGAAUCGAACCCGGGUUGUCCGAUUCAGAGUCCAAAGCUCUACCGAUUGAGCUAACCGGGCGGACAGUGACCAGAGAGAGCCACACUCUGGCCAUAUACAUCUCAGACUGGGACUACAGCAACACAACCAAAUUGAGAAUCCCACUAAGGUGCUCAAGACCUUCCAGGACCCGAUGCUGAGAUAUACAUAUGGCACGACACUUGCGGGGGACUACUAGCUGCUGGUGUGCGGAGGGGGCAUUUAAAACAUCCUGUUGGACACGCCGACCAGCAAGAUAACCCAACUGCUUGAGAAGAAAGAGGGGAUAGAGGAUAUUGGGAGUUAUAAGUAAAAAUGCAAACUUGCCCUAAAACUUUAUUUUGACGCCGACGCCGGGACGAGUUUUAAAGCCUCUGUAUUCUUCGACAAGGCAAGCUACACUGACAAAGUUAGGAACUGACUCAAGUUGUUUUAUGAAUACCGGCCCUAGCUUCUUGGCUUAUCUCCAGUGUAUUAUCCAUUUAUGCAUUGGAUAUAUAUGUUUAUAUAAAAUAUGUCUUUUUUCUCCAUCUAAAUCACAUAUUUUAACAAUCUGAACAAUAGCAUGUGUGUAGUGUAAAAUGUGAAAUGAACAACAAAACGUUCUAUUUUUUCAUUUUUAUAAAACUGUAAAUAGUUCACAUUUAACAGUACUCAAGUUUCUAUGCUACUUUUAAACGUUAUUGUUAUGCAAUGGCUAUGGUAAACAAAGGGUUGCUCAUUAGACUCGACUAAAUAUCAUUCAAUAUAUU